AUGAUUCUCUUGUGGAUUACACUGCUCUUUAUUCAUCAAGGAUGCACAUUGGUUCCAGUAAUCACAGUUCAACUAGGUGAACCUGCAACCUUGACAUGUAAUUUGCCACAUGAAUGGUCGGGAAUCAAGAGUGUCCACUGGUACAAGCAGAGUGCUGGAGAUACUCUGAAAGUGAUUACAAUGCUGCGUAAAAACACAGACCCCAAGUAUGGACCAGGGGUUUCAGACUCGAGACUGAAGACAACAUAUUAUGAGAAAAUCAGCAAUUUGACAAUUUUGAGGACAACUAAAGAAGAUGAGGGAAUGUAUCACUGUGCAGUCCUUGACUGGACUGAAAAUACCUGGAGAGGGACCUAUUUGUCAAUAUUAGGAGACAAAGAAAGAACAAUGAACUAUACAGUAUUGCAGAGGAGAAGAGCAGCAAAUACUGUUAGUCUGGGAGAUACUACAACUCUGGAGUGUUCAAUUCUGUCUGACUCCAAGAACAACACUUGUCCAGGAGACCUCAGUGUAUUCUGGUUCAGAGCUAGAUCACAUAAAUCUCACCCUGAAAUCAUUCUCACGGAUGGAAUCCCCCAUGAGGACUGUAUGAAGAAACACGACAUGAAAUGUGUUCAUAGCUUCUUUAAUGUCAGUAACUCCGAGUUUGGGACCUACUACUGUGCCGUGGCUGCAUGUGGAGAGAUAUUAUUUGGAAAUGGGACUACUCUUGAAGUCGGAUGA